GCAAUGUUAGCAGGCUGUUGUGUUGAAGCAGCCUUUGACGACGACGUUACCUACCGGGAUGAUUACGACGACGCUUGGGAAAAUGAAUCAAUGGAGGAGUACAACCAUCAGGAACAUCACUUUAAGCACGAGAAUGUAUUACCAACAGAUCCCAUCAAGGAAGACUCUGAGAACUACUUGGAGAGACUUAGAAGGGCAUCGGAAGACACUGAAGAGACGUACGAUGAUGAUUGGAUGAACAUUGGACAUUCGGAAGAAGAAUCAGAGACCUUUCUGUACCAGGAUGAAACAGAUCUGGUACAGUUAGCAGAACGAACAGAUGAACAAGGUGGACAAGAAGAAGGUACAGUAGAAAAUCCCGCUAUCAACAUCAAGUACAGUUUAGGCAAGGUCUUGGAACCAGGUGAUUUUAUAGAGGUCCACGGAACUUACUCUGCAGAUACAUCCUGGUUUAGUGCCAACAUUUUGGAUGACAGUGGCAACAUUCUGUUCCACCUCAACCCUAGACCAAACUGGCGGAAAACAGUGUUGAACUCUAAACUUGGUGGCUGGGGGUCAGAGGUAAGGUGUGAACUGCCAAGCUUAAAAUCCUACGAAGAUUUCGUCAUGAAAAUAGUUUUAAUGGACAACUUUUACAAAAUAUAUUUCAAUGGGAAAGCUCUCUCAGCGACCUUUCCUUAUCGAAGAGAGAUUUCAACAGCGAAAGACAUUAUAUUCUGGGGCGGUAAUAACGGCUUCAAGUGGAACACACUUAUUCUACCAGGAACAGAUAAAGCUAUCCAAUAUACGGGAAUGAAAGAGUUUAAAUUAAAAGUUGACGCAUUGAAAGAAGGAAUUGUUAACAAGGUCGCUGGGAAAAACCUUCAGGAGGUCAAAACGUAUGCUAAUUCGACUGAGGGAUCGCUGGAUGUCCUUCAAUGGUGGCUCAUGAAACAGAUACAAGACAAAGCAGGGUUUCUUGACUUUAGUGAUGAGACGCUGAAUUGGAUUCUAACAAACAGGGAAGCAUUAGAAAUGUUCAUGACGUCGGGGGAUAUUCAAAGUAAUAAAUACCGAAAGGCUCUGAAAAUACUAGGAGACCUGAUCCAGCUAGAUCCUGCUAUCAAAGAUGAACCACUGAGACUUCGACUUGCUGUUGCUACGGCAAUCACACAUUCAACACCAGUAGCCUCCAUGGCUGUCGGAAGAAACACGAUCGACUGGAAGGCAAGGUACCAGACCUACAUGAGAUGGAGUGAAGAAGAUGUGCUGUUCUCACCAUUCUUUGAAGGAACAGCCUGGCAUCUCAGGUAUGUAGUAGGAUCCUGGCAAACAGAAGAAGAGCACAUUUGGGCUCGGGAAAACACUCCCGAAGGUUAUGAUAACCCAUCUAAAAUAGGGGGCGCUACCCACAGAAUGAUGUCAUACAAACUAAAAAACGAUGACGGAACAUCAGUCCACGCUGGUUCGCCGUAUUACUACUACCUCCCAGUAUCCCUCAAAUCAAUGCAUGAGAUUGGGGGUGUCUGUGGUGCUAUAUCAAAGUUCGCUGCAGGAAUGUGUCAUGCUUAUGGAGUAGCUGCCGUCCCAGUGGGACAGCCUGGUCACUGCGCUUACAUAUGGUACAGAGGUGGAAACUGGGUGCUGGGUAACGAUGUCUCUGGGUGGGGAUCGUCAAAUUCACAUUGGGGAAUCCAGUAUACUUGGAUGAGACAAGCAUACUACUUCCGUGUUAUGAAUGAAGCUCAAAAGAACCUGGCUGGUUAUAGGCUCUCUGAAAAAUUGAGAAUCGCAAGUAAGCUGGUGAAUCCUGAAGAUCGAUUUGAAAUAUUAGAAGAUGCCACAACCGAAUGCCCUUAUAACUUUGCGGUGUGGGUUGAUCUUGAAAAGGCAAUAAAGGAACCAAAUCUAAAUAAAGAAACAGUGCAAAAUGCACUGCUACCAGUUGUUUUAUCGCAGCGGGAAAAAGAAAACAAGUCGUCUGAUAUUGCUAGUGAAAAGAUUGUCACUUCAGAAUGCUUUGGAACCAGUAGUCGUGCGAUGACAGAUAAACAUGGCAACACUGCCUAUUGCAAACAGGAAACUGCUGAUUUUGAAAUUGAUCUUGAGAAGCCUUCCACAAUACAGGAAAUAAAGUUCCAAUGGUGGGGUUGGUCAAAGCCAGCAGAGUACGACAUCUAUGCUAUGGGUGAAGAUGGUGACUACGUUCUGGUGAAGACACACGAAGAUGAGCGAGUAGAGGGUUGGUUCAACCAUUGGAGUUAUCUCAAUGGAUGGGACAUGAAGACUACCAAAAUAAAGAUGGACUUGAGAAAAGGAAAGAAAGAUCCGUGGAGCGGGAAGAACUACUUCGGCAUCCGAACCAUCAAUCUCAUUGGAAUUUCCUACGAUAUUCUUGAUGACGUGUCAAAGGGUAAGCCAGUUUCAGCAAGUGUUGGUAGUUCAGAUCCAGAUAGCCUGGUGGAUGCUUCAAAUUCCACCUUGUGGGACGCUGGUGAGAAUGGCUGGUUUGAGAUCAAUCUCAGACAGAUCUGUGCUCUGGAUGACAUUGAGUUCUUCUGGGCGGACGGUGAGAAACCAGAAAGUGUCAAAGUCACUUACAAAGUUGGAAGUGGUCAGGAGACUGAAGCCUCGGGAGAAGAUCCCUUUAGGACGGUGCCUUUAGAAAUGGACUGUGGAACAACAGUGAAGGUGGAAAUUUUGGGAGGUAAUCAAGUACUGAAAGGAGUGAAGGCGUGUGGAGUUUCAUACAGUACAAAAGAUAUCCUGAAACUGAAAGUCAACCAGGCAUACGAGGACUUUUACUAUGUCAGAACCCAUCUGACUGGUUCGAUCGACAGCAUGACCUACGAGGAUUAAUUAAAAAAACCCAUUAUUUAGAGACAAUUUAACUAUGUUUAAUCGUUAUUAUAUCGGUUAAAAACAUUGAUAAUUAGAUCUUAGAAUU